CACCUCGUUAACAUACCGAUCACACACACACAGACUAACAAGGAAUGUGAGGCACCAGAUCAAAGCUCAUUCAUACUUGGACCUUUUUUUCUCUCUAUAGAUUCUUGUCUCCUGUGGUGAGGGGAGGUUUAAAACUCCAGCUUUGUAAAACAUCAGCUGCCCCAAACCGAAGCACAUUUUGAACACUGGUGCGAGGAGAGAGGUUUGAACAUUCACCCUUGGACUCAACCGCAGUCACUUGACCAGAGUUUUUUUUUCCUUCUUCCUUCUCUCCGUCCAAAACGUACUUUGGUUUCAUCGUUGCGGGAACUUCAUCUGCCCCGUUAUCUUACUGUUGUGUAUUUCUUUUUGUUUGUUUGUUUUCUGGGUUGGAAUUCUGUGUUGGGAUGAGUGUCCGUCUGUUUGAAGGGAAAGAGCAUGCUCUCUACUACUGGAAGUACAGGAUCUCCCCCUCAGAAGAGAUCAUCAACAAGAUUUUAAACUUUCUGGAAAAACAUAGGAGUCGACCCUUUGACCUGGCUGUGGAUGUAGGUUGUGGAACAGGGCAGGGCACCGUGCUCCUUGGCCCAUAUUUCUCCAAAGUUGUGGGGACCGACGUCAGUCCAGCCCAGCUGGAAAUGGCCCUGCAGCAUUCCAUAGCCCAGAAUAUCACCUAUAGAGAAUGCCCUGCUGAACAGCUUCCUUUGGAAAAUGGCAAGGUGGACCUUGUGACGAGCAUGUCUGCGUUUCACUGGUUUGACCAUCCACGUUUCCUCAAAGAAGUAGACAGAAUACUGAAGCCACAAGGAUGUCUUGCCCUCCUCAACUACACCAUGGACAUGGAGCUCAGCUAUGGAGACUGCUCAGAGGCUCUCAAUCAAAUCUGCAAGGAGCUAUAUGCUGCCCUUCUGCCACACCGAAAUCCUUACCUGGGUGCUAGCUCUCUUGACCUUUACAAGAAAACCUAUGGUGCACUUGAAUAUCCUACCAAAGAAUGGCAUGAAAAUCUAUGGGUGAGAAAGUCUAUUCCCCUGUCCAGCUAUAUUGGAAUGAUGGAGUCAUUUUCCAACUACCAAGCUUUACUACGCAAAGACCCUGAGAAGGCCAGAAAACUUUCCCAGGACAUAACUGAGAGGUUGCUGAAGGCGAUCGGGGUAACGUCUCCAGACGUAGAAGUUGUCCUGUCCGUUAGGUAUUACUGUCUGCUGGCCUGCAAACCUUAGCUGGCAGAGUUCUCCCAAGAGUUCUCCCUGAGUUCUCUCAACAGCUGAGGCUUCAGUUUCCACUCCCCUGAGAGGUGUUUCUAGUAGGUCUGUAGUCACUUCCACUGUAUUACAGUUGUUCCACUUAAACUUUUGUUGUCGACAUUAAUCCACAAACAUUUGAUUUGCACUGGAAUUUAUGUUACUAAAGUAAACUACAGGUCUGUCUCAGAAGGCCUACAGAAAACCCACAAUAAAUCUGACAAUAAUUCA